CGGAGGUGGCUGCGUUCUGAUUUUUGGGGGAUGAAAUUUUAUUCUCCUCUGUCCUUGGGGAAUUACAAUUUCGGAAGGUGAUUUUUGAAUUUUCAACUGUAGGGGUUUGGUGCUUGAGGUCCAAAAGAUUUGAUGCGAAAAACGUUUAACUUAAUGAAUCGGAAUCAUUUUCUUAUGGAACCACCCAGCAUGACGCUGCUCCACCAAGGCCCAACCAUCCCCCCAACCCAUAAGAGAAAGAACAACAGACACAACCCCAUGACCGUCCAACCUGAACGUCUCACCCUCGGCGACGAAGCCAAAAUGGAAAUGGCGUCAUUGCCGAGCAAAACACCAGUGUCGGUCCUCCAGGAGCUGCUGAGCCGCAGAGGAAUCACGCCCAAAUACGAACUUGUCCAGAUCGAGGGGGCGAUCCACGAGCCGAUAUUCAGAUACAGGGUGUUCCUCAGCUCCGAUCUCGUUGCCACGGGCACCGGGAGGUCGAAGAAGGACGCGAAACAUGCGGCGGCCAAGAACUUACUGGAUUUGCUUAUUGGUAAACUGACUCCCGACCAGGCCAACCAGACUAAUGGCACCCCCGGAGCAAACGAUAUUACUGCCCAGGUGGUGUCGCCAUACGACGAUAAGGUGAUGGGCAACCCGAUAGGGUGGCUGCAGGAGAUGUGCAUGUCCCGCAGAUGGCCGCCACCGUGCUACGAUAUGGAAAACGAGGAGGGUCUGCCGCACGAGCGUCAAUUCACCAUCGCCUGCCAAGUCCUGAAGUUCCGCGAAGUUGGUACCGGCAAGUCGAAGAAGCUGGCCAAACGGAUGGCUGCACACAAGAUGUGGCAGGCCCUCCAGGACAUGAAUCUGGAGAACGCGGGACUCCAGGAUGAAGAGGACGACUUGAGCAAAUGCCCUAACUUGGAGGGACGCUACGCCUGUUUGAAAGAUAGUAAAAUUAAGAAAAUGAACACCAGUCAAACGCAAAAAGUCGCCCAGUUCCACAAGAAUCUGAAACAGUCUUCCGGCGUCAAACUCAAUGAGCUACAGAAAAUCCCCCUGAACACGAACGACCUCAAUUUCUUGGAGAUGUUGGGCGACAUCGCGCACGAACAGAACUUCGAGGUGACCUACGUGGAGGUGGAGGAGAAGUCGCUUACCGGACAGUACCAGUGUCUGGUGCAGCUAUCGGUGAUGCCGGUGGCGGUGUGCUACGGUACGGGGAACACGACCAAGGAGGCGCAAAUAAAGGCAGCUCACAACGCGCUCGAGUACUUGAAGAUCAUGACGAAGAAAUGAGAUGGUGACACGUACCAGCAUGUAAAAUCCUCGUUGUUUUUGUAAAAUUAACUUACCCAACGAUCGGUGAUUUUUGUCUACUAAACAAAAGGGUGCCGGACGUGUUUUUGCCGGUUAGAAGUUAAGGGGCGUUGAUCGUCUUUGUCAUGGCUUUUCUUCUCUAUAAUAUAAUCUCGUUUUCGCCAUAUAUCAUAUGUGUACAUUCAUUGGUUUGUUUACUGGUUGUAUUUUACAGGCAGGACCACUUUCGUAGCACCGAUCGUAUGAUUCAGAUGAUUUGUGUGAGUGCGUCAGCUCGGUGCGUCGAAAGUGGUCCACAAACGGAGAAGAAUUGCAUCUAAUUUUUUUACAAGCUAUACUUUGCAUAGAAUUAGUGGUUUUUUUCGAGGAUCUUUUUACAUAUUAAAUGUGUUUACUUUAUUAGUUGUACGUAUAAUAUGCACUUAGUAAAUAUCAGAUCACUGUAUGAUAAAUCUUAACUUAAUAAGCUGUUUUUAAACCAACCCACUUCUCACAAUCCCUUAAAAAUUGUGGCACGUUUGAAAAUCGUUCAAACGAAUAUUGAGAGGAUUUAUCAAUGUGGUUUCUAGGUAUAUUUAAAUGGUGUUUAUUAUGUAAUAUUAAUAAUAAUUAGAUUAGCUUAGUAAUCUAUAUAGGCACUAGUAUAAUAUGUAACUUUGUGAUGUACAUAUAUUGUGCAUUGUACAGCGUGUUCGUAAAAAUAACGGUACCAUAAAUAUCAUGCAUGUGACCCAUCGUGAAAUCAUUUUCGAACACACUGUAAAUCUUGGAUGUAAUAUUUAUAUGACAGUGCCCCAAAUGCGAUAUGUAUACAUAUACAUAUACGAUUAUAUACAUAAUCGUUAUAUUGUGAAAAGGGAGCAUUUAUUUAAUGCAAAGUAUAGAGGUUGUACCCAUUUAUUUCAUAAUUAACAUAUAUGUCAAUAGAGGUGUCAUUUUUCUAGAUAACUCCAAGCAUGACAGUGUGUUAUUGUAUCCGAAGUUAUUUUCUUAAUAUGUAGUCUUUAACUAUGAUUCAUAUUGAUGUGUAUGCUAAUUAAUAUAAAAUUAUCAUAUGGCUUAAAUAA